AAUAAUAAUAAUAAUAAAAUACAAAUAAUAUUAAUAAUAAUAAUAAUAUUAUAAUAAUAUUAAUAAUAAUAUUAAUAAUAAUAAUUUACUAAGACGUAUAAUAAUUUAAAUAAUAAUGUAAAUAAUAAAAAAAGAAAAAAAAACCAGUCGCAUAAAAACCGUGAGCAGACCACGGUGGAGUCGUACAAAUCGUGCGAGUGGACCACGGUGGAGUUGCACAAAACGUGUGAGUGGACCACGGUCCAGUCGCACGUUUUGUGCGAUUGAACCAUGGUUCACUCGCCCAGUUUUUGCGACUUUCUUUUUUUUUUAAAAAAAAAAUACACCGAUUCAAAUCGAUUAAAGUACGUACCGGAUCCGAUUCAUAGUCGCUUUCGUUAGCCAUAGUUAAUCGAUUCCAACUAACAGCUUGUUUAAAAUUGAAGAACGUUUUUAGAGAGUUUUUAGAGAGAUAGUACCGUGUUUGAAUUCGUAUAUCAUACAAGGGCGCGUCUGAAAAUUUAAUAUAUAUAGGGUCGCGAUAAAAAUGUUCGAGAUUACGUUUAAACUUUAAAUUUAAUGUUUUUAAAGUGAUAAUAGUGUUAAACAAGUUUUAAGUGCAGGAGCAAAUUCGUAAUUUCAUUAGGAGGUAGCGAUAAAAUAAAAAGGGUGACGAUAUAUAAGAAUGUACCGUCCCAUCGUGAUCAAGUUAGCGCCUUAGAAAUGUGUGUAGUUAUACUCUUUAUUAUCUAUAUAAAUAAUGGAACUCGUAAUAGAUGAAAAGCACUAGCCAAUAGAACUAGUAAGUUGUAAUAAUACAAACAAAUGGAUUCUUCUACCUUUACUAAUGAAGAAGCAAAAGAGCUAUUAGAAGCCCAAAAUAAUAUAUGGAAACACACUUUCUACUACCUCAAAUCUAUGGCCUUAAAAUGUGCCCUUCAACUUGACAUUCCAGAUACUAUUCAUAAACAUGGAAAGCCCAUGUCUUUGAAUGAACUAGCCACUUCACUUCCAAUUCACCCCAAUAAUAUUCCUUCCCUUGAUCGUCUAAUGCGUAUUCUAGAAUCUUCUAACUUCUUCUCCAAGAAGCUUCUAGAAGAUGGAGGAUAUGGGUUUGAUCUUACAUUGAGCUCCCAACUCCUGCGGAAAAAACACCCACUUACUCAAGCACAAUUUGCUCUUACACUGCUUGAGCAAAUGUUAACUGAUCCAUCUCAUCAUCUUGCAAGCUGGUUCCAAAAUGGUGCAGAAUCCUCCUUCCAUGUUUUAAAUGGAAUGAGUUUCUGGGAGCAAGUGAGCCAUGAUUCUAAGUUUAAUCAGCGUUUUAAUGAAGCCAUGGAAUGUGAUUCGAGAUUCGUAACAAGCUUGUUGGUGAAUAACAAGAGUUUUAAGGGCAUAUUUGAGGGUAUUGAAACGUUGGUGGAUGUAGGGGGUGGUAAUGGGACUACUGUUAAGGCCAUUACUGAGGCUUAUCCAUGGCUGAAGUGCAGUGUUCUUGACUUACCACAUGUUGUCCAAGGAUUACAGGAGAAAGCUUCAAGUAAUGUUAAGUUUGUAGCAGGUGAUAUGUUUGAAGGUGUUCCUCCUGCUGAUGCUGUCUUACUUAAGUGGAUGCUACAUGGUUGGAGUGAUAAUGAUUGUAUAAAGAUACUUAAACAAUGCAGAGAAGCAAUUCUUAGCAAAAACAAAGAAGGGAAGGUGAUAAUCAUAGACUUUGUGGUGGAAUCUGAAAAUGAUGAGAUGAAAUCAAAAGAAACAAAUACAAAAUAUUUAUUUGAUAUGCUGCUGAUGUCUAUCUUUGGAGAUGGAAAGGAAAGAACAGAACACCAAUUGAAGAAUCUUUUUCAACAAGCUGGUUUUAGUGAUUAUAAGAUUAAUCCAAUUUUGGGUUUAAGAUCAAUCAUUGAGGUUUAUCCUUGAAAAAAAGUUUAAAGUUUUCAUAUGUAUGAUAAUUUGAUUUGUGUUAAUUUGUGUUUUUCCGUCCGUUUGGAUUAAUUGUGGGUGUUUCGAAGCUUAUCAGUAUGAUUUAAUGCAUAAGCUUAAUUAUUAUUGCAAAUGUUAAUAUGCACUUGCUUAUAAUAAAGGUGUUGUUUUGUUAC